AUGACACCAAUGGAAUCAUACACAACGUCAAAAGAGUCAGAACACAAAUCAAAACAUGUUAAUUUUAAACCGAGUACAGGAUUCCAUACUAAUGAUUAUUCAAAUAACUAUAUCCAUACGGGUUCGAUGCCCCAAAAACAUGUAACAAAUAUUGAAAAUCCAGUAGAAGGAUAUCCCAAAUUACAGAAAUUGUUUGAAGAGAAAGAUAAACAAAUAUCACAUUACGCUACAACACCUUUUGGAUGUAAAGUUGAAAUAGAUUCUAUGGUUCCCAAGCUCAAUAGUUGGAUUCAAAAAGAUAACUUAAACUUUGAUGUCGUAAUGAUUGGUUGUUUAACGGAUAAUCAAUUCAUAUAUCCAUUAUUAACUCAAUUACCCUUAGAUAGACUAGUAUCUAAGCCAGGGUUUCUGUUUAUCUGGGCAAGUGCUAAAAAGAUCAAUGAAUUGACGAAAUUAUUAAAUAAUGAACUUUGGGCAAAAAAAUUUAGAAGAAGUGAAGAAUUGGUCUUUGUUCCUAUCGAUAAAAAUUCACCAUUUUAUCCCGGUUUAGAUCAAGAUGAUGACACUUUACUUGCAAAAAUGCAAUGGCAUUGUUGGAUGUGUAUCACGGGGACUGUUAGAAGAUCAACAGAUGGUCAUUUGAUCCAUUGUAAUGUCGAUACUGAUUUGAAUAUUGAAACAGAGAAGACUCGUAAUGGAGCAGUUCCAUCACAUCUUUAUAGGGUUGCUGAGAACUUUUCAACAGCAACAAGAAGAUUACAUAUUAUCCCUGCAAGAACGGGCUGGGAAACUCCAGUAAGGUUAAGACCUGGUUGGGUUAUUAUGAGCCCAGAUGUAAUGCUCAAUAAUUUCGAUCCAGCUAAAUAUAAGAAGGAAAUAUCUAGGUUAGGUUGUAAUAUCCCAUUAAAGAACGAAAUUGAGACAUUAAGACCAAAGAGUCCAAUACAAAAGGCUUCCUGA